AUGAGAAUCAUACAGAGCUACGACCAGAUGAGUGUUUCCACAGAGUACAGUUUCCGGACUGAAUCGGAGUGGGACCCAGAUUCUGAGUCCACCUCCAUGAUCAGCUUCGACAUGACUCAGCCAAUCAGCCCGGCUUCGCCCUCCAAAUUCCCUACUUCACCCUCCAAGAAUCCAGAGGAGAAGAGGGGAGUGUUCGAUCGCCUCAGCAGCUUCUUCAACUCCAAGAGAAAGAAGAGCAGGAGUCGGCAGCAUUCAGAUGCCUCCACUGACGCGAGUUCCCCAACGUCCCCCUUGUCCCCCUUGUCCCCCUUGUCCCAACAUUCACCUAUAUCUCAACAGGAGGAUGGGCUAAAGACACCUACUCCCUCUCGAAAAGACAGUGAUCUCAUGGGGUCACAUCGCGGUGAGACCAGGACAGGAGCGGAGGGCGAUGACACCCUCAGCCAAGGGUCCGGUCUCAGUGCCUCAAGCGUGAUUUCUGUGCGGAGAGAUGAAGCCGAGCUCCCGUUCGCAGACAGCGACAGCAGCGGUCGAAGCAGCGUGAGGGAGGUGAUAGUGUGCAGGGUCAGCACUGCCAGCGGUGAAGGGAAUUCUGGGAAUGUGACUCCCACCACUCCCACCACUCCCACCAGUAUCGGCCUUGCUGCUGCCUCUCGGCCGCGUGCUGAUGCGAGCUCAGAAUUAGGCUUUGCAGCGUCAGUGGUGGAGGAAGUAAGCAAGAGGCUGCAGGUUCAUUUAGAAGAAAGCAUGCUGAUGAACACAGAGGGUUCCAGUGAGGACAGCACAUUCACCCCGACCACACCGACGACAUUCAAAAUCCCCCUUUCCAAGACAGCCGAGGCUCCAAAGUCUCCUAACUUAACUUCUAUAAGCUUAGCAUCGAAGAAAACCUGUGUGAGAGUCGGAGAGAAGGGGCACAGCACUGCUCUAACAGGAAUAAGAUUAGGCUCUCAGUCAUCCACCUCACACCUCAUCACGACUCAAGAGGAAGAUGAAAGCGAAAGAGAGAAAGAAAACUCAGAGGCCAGGAGGAGGGCUCAGAUAUUCUCUUGGGAAACUACAGCCACGGCAUGGAGCCCUUCACCUGAGACUGAGGAAAUACCCAGAGAGGACGACUCGGUCGCUCAGGGCACCGAAGAUGGCCCCUCUACCCCCUCAGAAGCUUUGCCGCCCGGUGGCAGCUCGCCAGAUUCGGCCAUCUCCUUGGCAGUGACUACAGGGGAGUUCCAAACAAGCUCACCGCAGCCAGAGGAGCCUGACACUGGCACAGGCUCAAAGCAAAAUUCCCUCCAGGAGAAACGCAGACCGAGAGAACUUCGUGUGACGCGCAAGACUGUGAAUCUGCCCUCGAAGCACAAGGUUUCUGGCCAGAAGGGACUGCCAAACCUCCAAAACAACAACAAUGCAGAACUCAAGGGCGCCAACCUUGAGCCACGCACAACAAAAGAUGAGACUACACUCUGUGACACAAACACUGCUGCACUUCUAGCGAAAGAAAAGACAGACUCUGAGGCCUGUGACGUUGAUGAUACCAGUGCAUCCUCAAACAUGUACCGAGCAAAGUCACGAGUGUUGGGAUCUGGGGUAACAAGCCCAGAGGCCAACCAGGAUAUCCCCUCCAAACGAGGGCUGAAAGCAGCAGCAGAGAGUCGGCAUACCACAGCAAGCGGAGCAAAGACCCCGUCCCCUGCAGCUGGAAGCAGGGCCAAGAAUGUCACAACAAAGGCGAAGGGCUCCGCAGAGGGCACAAAACAGGGAACUUCCAGUGGUAUUCCACCACAGAGGGAAGAUAGCGCUGAGAAAACAGCCUCUAUGUUACCAGCAUUAAAAGACCACAGCAGCAGCAGUGUGACAAGUUCAAAGUCUAAAAUCCCUAAAAGGUCAUCGUCAGACGCUGAUGUGAAAUCACCGGUGACUCCAGAUAAAACAUCAGUGACUGAUGCUGCAGCAGCCACUUCCAAACUGCAAAAGCAACCUAAAACCAAAGAAUCUUUGAAAUCUCCGGUCCCUGCAACCAAAGCUGGUAGGAAACCAAGUUUUGAGGAAGCUAAGGGAGGGAAAUCUGUCUCAGGAGACAUGUCUCCAACAAAAAACACCUACAGGACAGGAACGAAGCUUGUUAAAGAAAAGUCAGAUGAAGACAGCAGCUCUGUAAACCUGGUAAAUGGCAUGGAGAAAGAUUAUAAGGAGAGCAGUGUUAAAGCAGGACCCCCACUUGACAAGGAAGGCCUGGAUGUCAAAAAACAGCCUCCGAAACAUCUGGAGAAUAACGCCUCCUUGGCAACAAAGACUCGGCUGCCCAUUUCAUCGCCAACAAGAAAGAAGAAUGAUGAUAUCACAAGAGCCGCUGGCACCAGCUCUAAAAAAGUUUCAUCUGGUCAGACAGACUCAGACAGACCCAAGAAGAGUCCAGACCAGCAAGAAGUACCUCCUGGUGAGAGGCCUGUUAGUGACAUCGCUUCCUUGCACUCUGAAAGUCCCAGCAAAGUUGUCAGAGACGAAUAUGUGGAGAAACCAGAGACAGACACUGAUCGAUCCACAGAUUCCAAAGCUCCAAAUGGUAGCCAACAACAGAAACCAAUGACUGUAACAAAAGGAUCUCUGGAGGCAACAAAAGAUGCCAAAUUACCUGAAGAAUCAAGUGUUUCCGCAACUGAAAAGGUAGUUAGUAAGAGUGAUAAGAUGCAGAACCAGAAAAGCCUCGUUAAAGAAUGUGGACAAGGUCAAAAUGAAGUGACAAAGCCACAGCAGCAGCAGAUAAACGUAUCAAAGACAGAUGUCAGCCAAGAGUCAGACCCUGUUUCUGUAAAAGAUGUAUCUAGUAAAAAGGUUGGUGGAGAACAAAUAGACAAGUCCAAUGUUAUUUUAGAUAAAAUACCCAUUAGUACUGACAUUCAGAAGAAUGAGGAAGACAUUCAAGAAAGGACAAAAACAGGUAGUGGUUUGAAACAGGGAGUACAGACUUCAAGAGAGGACAACAUCCUGAACCUCAGUGAUCAACAAAAACCGACAAAGCUAAUGCUCAACGGCAGUUCGUUUCUUCCUGAUGCAGCGAAACCAUCCAGUCCGUCUCAAAGUCUUCCGCUAAAGAAGGAAUCUCCAUCAAGCUGGUUGGAUGUGGAACACAAUCAAAAACAGAAGAAGGAGCACAAAAAAAGACUGAAUGCAUCAGCCAGUGAGGAUGAAUCUCUGGAGCCUGAUGAGUUUGAGGAUUUCAUCAAGAGUAUUAAGGAGGGUGGAAUACCUUUCUCCUUCCCUCCAAAGAGGCACAUUCGUAAAAAGUCCCCAUCUCCACCUUUUGCCAUGCCGGCCAUCAAGGAGGACCAUUUUGAGAAGACAUUUAAUCCUGAGGAAUUCCAGUUUGGCUUAAGGAAAAAUGGCAUAAGUUUUAGGGAUCCUUCACCAGCUAUGGUAAUAAAACAAAAAGCAGCCAAUAGGAAAGGAAGGACGCUGGGAAAACGUGCCCAAGACAAUGCCCUGCCCACGUCUACAGACAAAAAGGAAUCACUUGACGAGGUGGAAGGAAAAGAUGGAGGGGGGACCAAAGCUGAAGCAGAGGGACAAAGCAACGGAGAGGAGCCUGGGAAGUUGACAUCAAGACUAGGAAGGAUAUCCAUCCUCUCCAGCCUUCUGAGCUCCUCCAGGAAGAACAAAGAGGAAACUACCUCUGCCUCAAAUAGCUCAUUGACAUCUAAGCAACUACAAGACCUGCCCUCUGUUGGAAAGAAGGCUGUUGUUGAUUCACCUCUGCCUGGCGCCACAGCAGAUAAGGAGGGUGUGAAGAGCACAGAUCAUGGCCCGCUCAUGGGUGGUGGUAGAGGUACAGUUGGUGAGUCAGCACUUAGCCCCUCCUCUCCUCCUAGUCUUCCCACAUUCUCAGAGGUAAAGCUGCCUGAUCAUUUAGAGAAAUACAUGAAGGAUAAAAGAGAUUCUGAGGCCUCUCAGGGCUCCACAAACCCAACUAAAACCAAUCUGAAUCCUGAGGGGAAGACUGUUAUGGAUCCAGCUUCAGUAGCAGGAGUAGAUGUGGAUGUGAAAGGCCCUGCUGCUCUGCCUCCAACCACCAAGUCCAGCCAGCAGAAUUCCCAAAAUGGACUUUCUACUAAGUCUACCAAGUCAAAGAUACCAGCGGUGAGAGGGUUCCACAAAAGGCCUGGAAAGAUCGUCGUACAUGAACAUGCUCAGUUUGGAGGGGAAGCGUUGGAGUUCUACUCUGAUGUGGAAGACGCCACCACGAUGAAGCUGUCCCCUAUCAUCUCUGUCAGAGUCAUCAGAGGGUGCUGGCUGUUGUAUGAAAAGCCUGGAUUCCAGGGGCGGAUAAUCGCCCUUGAGGAAGGUCCUACAGAGCAGAUAGUGAAUAUAUGGGCAGAUGAGGGAGCUCCGACAACACUGGACCAGACUGGUCAGCCUGUCCCGGCAGCACCUAUGGUUAUAGGUUCUCUGCGACUGGCAGUUAGAGAUUAUAACAUACCCCGGAUCGACCUGUUUUCAGAGGUCAAUGGGUUGGGCAGGGUGGCAUCUUACUGUGAAGACACUGUGGAGAUCGGCUCCUAUGGGAUCCCACAGACCACUGGCUCCAUUAAGGUCCAUUCUGGAGUCUGGCUGGUGUACACUGAUCCAGGCUUUGGAGGAUUUGUGGGAGUGCUGGAGGUGGGCGAGUACCCCUGCCCAGAGACCUGGGGUUUCUCUGAUCCCUUCGUUGGGUCUCUCAGACCCCUCCGAAUGGGAGCAAUAAGGGUGGAGCAUCCUCACGAAGUCAAGGCCUUGGUGUUCGAGAAACCCGACUUUGUUGGAGAGUGUAUAGAGGUGGACGGUGAUGUGUACGAUCUGCAAGAACAGACAGAGGAGGAAACGGACAAACCUGAGGAGAAGAAGAAGACACUUCCCACAGUGGGGUCUAUAAAGAUACUCGGUGGCCUCUGGGUGGGCUAUCUCGAGGCAGACUUUGAGGGCCAGCAGUACAUCCUGGAGGAGGGGGAGUAUCCUCACUGCAGUGACUGGGGAGGGUCUGAAGACGGGCUCCAGUCACUGCGGCCUGUGUGCACAGAUUUCCUGUCUCCACAUGUGAAACUGUUCAGCGAGCGGAACUUAAAUGAGCUGGGGCUCAACGUGGACUUGCUGGGUCCCGUCCUCAACAUGGAGGACGUCAGCCAUGGCAUCAAAACCCAGUCUGCCAACGUCAUGGGUGGAGUGUGGGUGGGAUUUGAAAAGCCUGGAUUCAAUGGAGAGCUCUACGUGCUGGAGAAAGGCCUGUAUACGAGUCCAGAGGACUGGGGAGCCCAGAACUUCAAGAUCUCAUCCAUACAGCCGGUCUUCCACGACAUGCUGAUGGGAUCUACAAAAUUCAAGGUGCAGCUGUACUCUGAGCCAGACUUCCAGGGCAGGCUGGUGGCUCUGGAGGACAGUGCAGCAGCUCUGGAGGAGGACUUCAUGCCCAGGUCCUGCAAGGUGCUGGCUGGCAGCUGGGCGGCAUAUGAAGGUGCCAGGUUUACAGACAACAUGUAUGUGCUGGAGGAGGGAGAGUACCCCAACACAUUGGCCAUGGGCUUCCUGUCCUCAGACUCUACCAUCCGCUCCCUACAGCCCAAUGGACAUGAGUUCUCUCUGCCCUCCAUCAUCUUGUUCAGUAAGGUUGGCUGCAGUGGUCGCAGGGUGGUGUUGACCAGCGGCACUGUGAACCUGCUGCAGGCCGGCCUAGACGCACGCAUACGCUCCCUGGUGGUGGAGGGAGGAAUGUGGGUGUUGUAUGAAGGCAGUAACUACCGCGGACGACAGCUGCUUCUUCGGCCGAGUGAAGUGGGUGAUUUGAGCAAAUUAAGCAGCUGGAAGCAAGUAGGAUCCCUGCGCCCAUUACUGCAGAAACAGAUGUACUUCUGUCUGCGGAACAGGGAGACAGGAUGUGUGAUGUCCCUGACAGGAACUCUGGACGACAUUAAGCUGAUGAGGGUUCAGGCCGUGGAGGAGACAGGAGGCGUAGAGCAGGUGUGGCUCUAUCGAGACGGACAGCUCACCUGCAAGCUGGUGGAGGACUGUUGCUUGGAGACCUCAGGCAGCAUGAUGAUGGCGGGCUGUCGACUUUGCGUUUCCCCAGAGCGGGGCAAGGACAACCAGCUGUGGAGCAUCACCGCAGACGGCCUGGUGCGCUGCCACCUCAACCCUGAUCUGGUCCUGGAGGUCAAAGGUGGUCAACAAUAUGACAAGAACCAGGUGAUCCUCAACACAUUUGAUGAGAGGAAACUGAACCAAAGGUGGACCUUGGAGAUCCUGUGAGAGGAGAAGCUCUGCCGUGGGCUCUCACAGCUCUGUGCUGCAGCUCUGCCAGGACACUAAGCCCUGUGUUGCAGCUGCACCAUGGAACCCAUACCACAGAGAUGUGCUCUGCAAACACUGCACUUGUUUGUAGUAUUCUGACUCGUUUACUUUUGUUAAAGAGGGUUAACCAGUGACUGGAUCAAUAUUAUAAUUAUUAACCAAACUUUUGAGAUACGUGCACUAAUAUAGCAGUUGAUGAAAUUGUUUCCUCUUUCUCAGAAUGAAUGAGUGAUGUAAAAUGUUGGUAAUUUUAGCCACUUGAUUUCAAACACUACACCAAAGACUCCAUGCCCUCUCUGUGUUUCGACUUUAUCAGCCCUGUUUCAAUGCUGCAUACUUCUGUUUACUUUAUGGUACUUUACUUUUUUCCUGAUCUUGAUCUUACUGUUGACAAACACGAAUGUACACUUCACACUGACGGCUGCAAUAUGGAGUCUGAUGUGCCUACACUCCAGAGAUGUAUGUAGAUGCUCUAUUUGUAAUUACUGUAGAUCAAAAAUGAUCUAUUGUAAAGUUUUGAUAUCUUUUUAGGACUUUAUAGGUUUUUACACUUCUACACAAACUGUACUUUUACUGCUUUAGGUUGUACAUAAGCAUCAUGUGUAUAGAUAUGAUUUUAGAUUUCAAAGGAGAACUGCAAUAAAAUGAUGCUGCCCACUGUUAAUUGUAAAUAUGUGAAUGUAAAAGAGGAAAAGGUUGCACAGGAAAAUUAAAAAAAAAACUUUUCUUUGCAGCCUCUUUUUUAGAAAACAAGUUUAUCUUUAGGUUUUCAAUACCCAUUGCUGUGAAUCUAUAGUAUAGAUAGUUUGGGAUGGAUUUACCGUCACUAUAGCGAGCUACUUGUGGCACAAGCCUUCAAGUAUGAUCCUCAUAGAAACCUUCACAAAGAUUGUAUGUAAAACAAGGCUUUUGUAUUGGAAAGCAUAAUAUCAUAAGGUGUUAUUUUGUUCAGGCCCUGUCAUUUCACUUAGAUGACUCACAGUUGUAUUUAAAUGUACACUAUAGACGACAAACUGUAGCCUUCCUGGCUUAUGUCACCAAGCAGAGGCAGCAGCCACAUUCACUGGAGGUCAUCAACAUGCUACCUGUACACACGUACAGUAUGGAGGAGAAUGAGUUCAAAGGUCACUCUCAUACAGUACACACACUCAUGACAAAGCAUCCCUUUACCUUAAGAACUACCUCUGUACUAGCUGUAUAGUUUGUAUAUGUGCGACUCCUUACAGAAAAAUAGAAACCCUGUCCAAACUGAUGCUGCCAAACGCCUGUAACAAUCUGAACCUGUUCGUGGUGAAUCGGGCUCUUUUAGUGAGUGCAGCGACCGACACAGACAAACGCUCCGUUUUGUUACAUUACAGCCGUUUUGCGUUUGCCGGUUAUAGAGUCCUGUAUUGGACCAAUUCUAAACAUAAAAAGAGGGGAAAUAUGGCCCAGGUUUAAAAAUAUUGUAAUUCUCUUAACAAUAAAAACCAGCAGUAAACUGCCAAACGGCUUGC